GGAUACAGUUGAUAGAUGAAUCCAGUCUAAAAACCAUUCUAUCUUCAGUUGUACAAAAUAGCAGAGGGUAUGACAGACUUGGAUAUUCAGCCUGGCACUAAGUUAGUCUGUACCCAUGUUAGAUUGGUACAAAAUCUAGACCAUCUGACUACAUCUCAUACAAGUAGACUGGUUUUCCUGACCACGACAGCUGAAUCUCAGAUAAAUGUUUUGGACCAUGCAGUGUACAAAGAGUUAAAGAGAGAAUCUGUGAUAGAGAGGUUAUGGAAAUGGUCCACAUUACGGGAAUGCAAGACUCAACUGACACAAUCCAGUGUUGGAGGGUAUCUCAACUUCCCGCCUCUACCUGAAACAAUAGACUCAAUAAAAACCUGCCUGAAGGAUACACAGGUUGCGGCAAGUGGUGACUGGGAAAAAGUGUUUACAGGUUUCAGUUUCCGAGAGUACAGACAAAUUCUUAUACAUGCCACUAUGGUGUACAUCAAACUAAAUAUAGAACAUUGUACUAAUCACAGGGUGGGACAAGCCUCAUCCAAAAAGGCAAAACCAAGUGAUGUAGAAGUGAUACUUGACCCCGAUAUUUACCACAGUGAACGUGGCAUAGUGUCCAUAGGGAGUAGCCAUCUUGAUUCAGAUAUUUCUUUCCCCAUUAAAUAUUCAGCUGAGCUUUGGCCUGCAUUGAAAUCUGCACUUAAGUUUCCUAAUACAGAGCUUCAAACAGGACACCAUGUAGGUGAUAUAGAUAUUGAUCAACAGUGUAUGAAGAUGCCAUACUUCACAGUAAUCUGGGCAGGUCUCAACAGCAGGGUACUCUUGUGCUCUCACCUACUAUUGGGACAUGUUCUGAAAGACAACACCUGCAUGUUAAAUAUACUGACUGGUACCGCACUUUCAGAUACUUUGUUGGAACCAGGGAAUCAGUAUGGAGAUUUACAACAAGUGAUAUCAACUGCAAAAGACUGUGUAGAUAAACGUUUCCUGGUCGUGUUAGACUGUUACCAAGGUGAUACAGAAAACACUGAAAUCAUGGUGAAUAGGGCUGUUCCAACUGGUUCCUGAAAACUGAAAAUAAUGUCGUAAGGAUUCACUAAGGAAUUUCCAAUGAAAUGCAUCUCUAAAAUCGUAACUCAGUGUUAUAAAACUGAACUUAGAGACUAGUCGCAAAAUGUUCAGUGUAAUUAUUAUUGCAAUUUCAUGAUCAUGCUCGGAAAAAACCUAUCAGAUAAGUCUGUUUUGAAACUAUUCAAGGAAUGUGUCAUUGUCACUAGAGAUAUUCAAGAGUGCACACAGAAACAGUCAGUGAGAUGCUUGUGGUUGGUCUUUAGCAUGUGUUCUAAGUGUAAGCUGCAGUAUUUAAAAGUUGUGUUCAAGGGUUCAGUUUUUAUGUGUGAAUGUUAUUUUAGCACACAUUUUUUUGUAUUUUAAAAUUUGUUCGAAACAGAAAAACAACGUUAGAUUUAGCCAUAAGUUCACAUCUCUUUAUUUGCGUACAAUGAACUGUGUUUACAGUACAUAAUAUAUAUAAUAAAAGAAGAAAUGGAACAGGUAUUUCUUAAGUGUUCCUGAUUUGAUGAAGCAGUACAAAUUAUAAAAGAUUUAAGUGAUAAAGCAUUACACAAUAGAUUUCUGAACUCGGACUUGCCCUGUUAAUUUUUUUAUACAAAGGUAGAUGUCUAAAUGAUUAGCAUUAUUUGAUGUCAUUUAUUUCAUAGUCCUAAAGAACAUGUCUUUUGUUUAGUAUAGGAGAUUUUGUUUAAAAUAUAAACAUUGAGUAGUAAUAUUAUUGAGGUUGUAACUGUUUAAUUUAGGAAUACGGACAAAAGGGUGAACAUUGAGAAAGCUGUCAGUGUCAACAUUGAGAAAGCUGUCAGUGUCGUGGUCACAGCACAGUUUUCCUUAAAUAUCUUGAGAUCCUCUUAAGCAAAGGUCUUUAAUCUUGACAGGCACAUUGCUUAUGAUCUGAGUGAGUAGUAUGAUUUGAGGUCAGUGGUCAAAGUCAGAGAGGUUAUUAUGGCAAAAACAUUUCCUGCUUAUAAAUCAACUCUUGACCUAAGCACCUAUUUUUUUUUCAGGCACAUUGACCAAAGAAGUGGGUUACACCUACUGAUUUUGAGUGUAGUGUAAGAGGUCAAGGUUAGACUGACUACUAUUACAAAUCCAUUUCUGGUAUAAAUAUUUUCUUCAGUAUAUUUUAAGGAAGAUUUUAUCUGCAACUAACUAACUUUGUGGGCACAAUGCCAGGGAGUAGUAGACAAUAUCCCUAUUAAUAAUUGGGUUAAGGUCACAUUGGUUGUUCUUAUCAAAACUUUUCUGUCCAAUAUUCUGAGAGUGACUAGACCUACGACCCCAAAACAUAGCAGGCAAUUUGCUUGUUGUUGGUGAAUGAUGUAAAAUUUAGGUCUGUGGGUCUUAAGGUCACAGUAAAACUUAGUUAAAAAAGAACAUUCCCCAUGGACCCCUCUUGAUUUUGAAGUUUGUUAGUCAAAGGUCACUGUCAUGUAAAGUGUUCAAAUGGACUUAUUGUUUGAUGGUGUUUUUCAACCAUGCAUGUCUGUUUGCAACUUAGUGGUGCUCAGUAAUGUAACUUCAGAAUGCUUGAUAUGAGUGUGUUUUGCUCGAGAUCAGCACAAUAGUUCUCUUAUUAGAAAAAAAUAAUAUUGAGGCUGAUAAUUUUAUUUGUGGAAUAUGAAUAUAAGGGUGAACGUGGAAGGUUUGUUGUUUAGAAAUGUGAAUAUUUAGGGUUAUCUGUAAGAAAUAUUAGGUUUUCCUUUAGGGUAUGAUCUUGUUGAAAUGUUACCAUUGAGGGUUCACUUAGAAUUAUGAAGAAUGAGAUUUUUCCAAUUGAAAUACCAAUAUUGGGGUUUUAUGUAAAAUGUGAACAGUCUUGUAUCGCAAGUAAAUAUUAAUUAACUGGUCCUAGUUUAAACAAUGCGGUUGUAAACAUGUUAAAGACAUGAACAGUAGAUUGUUCCUGUGUUAAGCAGUAAUUAAGGUAGACUAUAUGUAAUUGUUUUCUUUGUUACCUUCUCUGUUUAAUUGACAAUUGACUUGUUAAGUUUUAGACCGUUAAUAAAAUUGUGAGCAUA